GGCGGCGGCAGCGCGGUGCGGCGCGGUGCGGCGCGGGGCCGCCAUGCCCGCCAAGUCCAAGUACAACCUGGUGGACGACCGGCACGACCUGCGCGUCCCGCUGCACAACGAGGACGCCUUCCAGCACGGCAUCUGCUUCGAGGCCAAGUACAUCGGAAGCCUGGAUGUGCCGCGGCCGAACAGCAGGGUGGAGAUUGUGACGGCAAUGCGGCGGAUCCGGUAUGAGUUUAAAGCCAAGAACAUCAAGAAGAAGAAAGUGAGUCUCGUCGUCUCGGUGGACGGCGUGAAGGUCGUCCUGAAAAGGAAGAAGAAGCUCCUUUCGUUGCAGAAAAAGGAAUGGGCCUGGGACGAGAACAAGAUGCUCGUCAUGCACGACCCCAUCUACAGGAUAUUCUACGUGUCCCACGACUCCCAGGAUCUAAAGAUCUUCAGCUACAUUGCCAGGGAUGGGUCUAGCAACAUCUUCCGGUGUAACGUCUUCAAGUCCAAGAAGAAGAGCCAAGCCAUGCGCAUCGUCCGGACGGUGGGGCAGGCGUUCGAAGUCUGCCACAAGCUGAGCCUCCAGCACACCCAGCAAAACGCAGACGGGCAGGAGGAUGGUGACAGCGAGCGGAACGGGGAUGACCUGGACGUGCCAGGCUGCCGCCUCGGCGGCGCAGAGAAGGCGGCCGCCUCGGCGGAGGAGACAGACAUCGACGCCGUGGAGCUCCCACUGGCGGGGACCGACGUGCUGGAGUUCAGCCGGGGGGUGACGGACCUGGACGCCGUGGGGCGGGAUGCGAGCGCCUACGCAGACGCCAAGGGCUGCCUCCACCCCGAAAGUAUCCUGACGGCGUCGCCCAAAAUGCUGCUGCCCUCGACGGCCCAGCUGCCCGAGCUGGGCACGCCGCUCUCAGCCCACCACCAAAUGCAGCUCCUCCAGCAGCUCCUGCAGCAGCAGCAGCAGCAGACGCAAGUGGCCGUGGCGCAGGUUCACUUGCUGAAGGACCAGCUGGCCGCGGAGGCCGCCGCGCGCUUGGAGGCCCAGGCUCGAGUGCACCAGCUCCUGCUUCAGAAUAAGGACUUGCUGCAGCACAUCUCGCUCCUGGUGAAGCAGGUGCAGGAGCUGGAGCUGAAGCUCUCGGGGAACAACACCAUGGGCUCCCAGGACAGUCUGCUGGAGAUCACCUUCCGCUCCAACGUCCUCCCCGUGCUCUGCGACCCGACCACCCCGCAGCCCGAGGACACCCCCCCGCCGCCGCUGGGCCCGGGCUCUGGCUUCGCCAGCGCCCUGGGCAGCCCCAUAGGUAGGAACGACUGCCUGGUGAAGCUGGAGUGCUACCGGUUCACGCCGGGCGCGGGGCCGUGCGCCCCGGAGCCGCUCCUGGGCAGCCUGGAACUCAUCAAGUUCCGCGAGUCGGGCAUCGCCUCCGAGUACGAGUCCAACACGGACGAGAGCGAGGAGCGUGACUCGUGGUCCCAAGAGGAACCGCCACGCCUGCUCAACGUCCAGCCCAGGCAGGACCUGGGCGACAGCCUGGAGGACGAGAUCGCGGUGUAGGGACGGUGGGAGGUGGCGCGGAGCAGCCGGGACCCCUGAGCCCGGUCUCCCCUGCUGCAGAGGUGCUGCCCGACCCAGGCGCGGGGCAGUGCCGGGCUGCUCUCUGCCCAGCUCGUGCCACGCGCCGGGUCUCAGCGCGCGGGGAGCCUUGCGACGGCCCCAGCUUUAGGGAGGCAGGGCUGUGCCCGGGUAGCGCGGCGGUCCCUCCGGUAGGGCGGCACGCCGGCAGCAGCCCUGCCGGGAGCAGGGCGCAGACCUCCUCCUUCCCUCGGCCGCAUGCCCCUGCUGUCAGCCACGCUCUGCCGAGCUCAGCCAGGCCUCAGCGUCUUCUGCUUUGCCCCAGGCUCCACAGCACGCGGCUGGGAAAUGUGAGGAGAUGGGGACGGAGCAGCUCUCGGUGCGGUGGCCGCCAUCGGCUGGUCGCGUCCCGGCGGGGCCCCUGGCUCCGGGGAGGAUGGUGAGCGGGAGCGCGGGGCAGCUUGCGCUGGCAGCCAGGGCUGCAGCGAGGGGACAUUCCCUCCCCUGGGUCCUUCCCGCCGCCGCUGCCCCCAUGGAGCGCCGUCCUGGGGCUCCUCAGGGUGGCCGCUGGGUUGGAGAGCCUCUUCAAGCACUUCUCUACGACCAGUGCCACCACAGCCCUCUCCAUAGACAAAUCUUCCCAUUCCCAGGCAGUCACUCGCUCCCCAGCCAUGGUUGGGGGAGGAGGGGCUGGCAGCUGUCCCGUGCAGCAAUGCCCCACGUGCAGGGUGGCAAGCUCUCCUCCUCCUCCUCCUCCUCCUCCUCCUUCUCCUCCUCCCCCAGCGCUGGAAAGGCACUGCUAGCUGCUGCAGGAGCUCCUGCUCCGGGGCCAUUUGGUGGCUCCGUGUCUGGGUUGUGCUGGUUACCUGGCUGCUGGCGACUCUGCUCCGUGGCACAGUCUGGGUUUGCAGUGGUGGCUUCAAAGGGCCAGCUGGCCCCAGUCCAUGCAGGCGGAGGAAGGGGGCUCGCAGGCACCCGCCUCCAAACACCCCCCAGGCGGCGACGAAAUUCCAGCCGCGCUCCCGCGGGCUGAGCGCGGCUGUAGGGAUAGCUGCCGCGAGCUGCCGAAAGGUCUCGUGCCGCGUGCUGCAGGGCUCGGUGUCCGCGUCGAGCCGGUGCCCGGAGGGCCGCAGGGCGGCUCGCGUGGGCGCAGGCGGCCGGGGUGCACCCGUGCGGGCAGGCCCCUCCAGCUCUCCUGUUUGCUUCCUCCAGAAAAGUAAGCGCAGGGUCUCGGCAUCCCCCUCGAGCCCGCGAUGCCUGUGGCUGGUAGCUCUGGGUGCUCCCAAAGGAUCCAGAGCUUUUGUCUUUCCUGCAAGUGCGCUUGUCGUCGCGGCGGUCUCUGCGAGGCCGCAGCUGCAGGGGCGCGAGCCGCAGUCCCGAUGUCUGCCCUGCUCCUCGGGGAAGAGUUGAAGCGGUGGGAUUGGCGCAGACGUCUUCCUCCUUCCACCCUGCUCUCCUGCUUCUGCUUAGCUUUGCUGCUUCCCGCUGCCCUCGCCUUCGCCAGCUCUGUCUCUGCUACAUCUGCCUUCAGCUAGCCCUUAGCCGAGCGUCCCGGGGCUCUCGUGCAUCUCCUGCUCCCCUCCGGGUCCCGCCUGCGGCGGGGGGUGGCUGCGCUCUGCCCCCCGCGGCCCCGCGGGGCCGAGGAGCGGGCUGCGGGCCGGAGCGCCGGCCGCGGGGGCUGGCGCCCGCCGUGGGCAGGGGGCUGGAGGGAAGGGGGGGGUCGGGACGCCCCGAGCAGCGGUGCCCUCUCGCCAGCAGCGCCCCUGCGCGCGCGUCCCGCCGUGCCGGGGUCCCCGCGUCCCGCCGCCGCGGCGCGGCGCUUGGAGGUGGGAGCCGGAGGCGGGUGGCCACGGGGGGCCGCCCGGAGGUGGGCGAGGAGCCGGGUGCCUGGGGGCGAGGUGCGGGCCGGGAUGGGGCGCGCGGGCGAGCGCCGAGGGGGGCGGCCGGGGGGUGGGGAGGCAGGCGCGGGGGGCCCGCGCCGCCUCCGACCCGCCUCGCGCGUGUGUUACGGACCUCGACUGGGGAUUCGCAGCUCUGUUUUUCGUCCUUCCUUUCCCUACAACUGUCGUGUUACUAACCGCUGGCGCGAGCUGUCUGGGAAGGCAGUCUGUCGAUGUAAGUGCACUUAACCCUUGGGUGUUGUCAUUAGGUGACUGGCUUUUGCUAAAUAAAUCUUUCUAUUUCUCGAG